AGAAUAUGGGAACUGAUGAACCUUCAGAUGAUGUAAUCACAGUCAUUGAAGCCCCACGCCAGUCUGAUUUGAUGGUAGAAUUGAUAAAGAAGCUUAAGCCACAGGUGGUGAUCACUGGGAUGGCUCAAUUUGAGGCUGUUACUAAUUCUGCUUUUCAGCAUCUUUUAGAUACAACAAAAGAAAUUGGAUCUCGUCUAUUCUUAGACAUAUCAGACCAAUUUGAGUUAUCUAGCCUCCCUGGUUCUAUUGGGGUCCUGAAGUAUCUUGCUGGAACUCCUCUGCCCUCGCAUGCAGCGAUUAUUUGUGGCUUAUUAAAAAAUCAGGUUUAUUCAGACCUUGAAGUAGCUUUUGUCAUAUCUGAAGAGGAUGCAAUCUUUAAAGCAUUGUCCAAGACUGUGGAACUGUUACAAGGGAAUACUGCGCUGAUUAGUCAAUACUAUUAUGGUUGUCUUUUCCAUGAGCUUCUAGCCUUUCAGCUUGCUGAUCGACAUCCACCCACAGAGAGAAAAGGUGAGAAAGUGAAAACUAGUGAGAUGAUUGGAUUUUCCAAAUCGGCCCUAUCAGUUCUUAAUCAUGCUGAGCUAUUAAUUAGUGAGACAGACAACUCUUCCCUGAUUCACAUGGAUGUGGAUCAGAUUUUUUUGCCCAUACCAACUCCAGUCAAGGCUGCCAUCUUUGAAAGUUUUGCAAGACAGAACGUCACUGAGUCGGAAAUUGAUGUAACAACAGGCAUUAGACAAUUUAUUAAGAGCAAUUAUGGUUUCCUUACAGACAGCAACACAGAAUUCAUAUAUGCAGACUACCCAUUGGCUCUAUUUAAUAAGCUGGUCCUCUGCUGCAUCGCUGAAGGUGGAACUUUGUGCUUCCCAGGUGGCUCUAAUGGGAAUUAUGUGUCUGCUGCCCGGUUUCUGAAAGCAAACACAGUGAACAUACCUAGCCAACGACAAACAGGUUUUAAAUUGACAGAAAAGACAUUAACUGAUGUACUUGAGACUGUGAAUAAACCAUGGGUCUACAUUUCUGGUCCAACAAUCAGCGUGACUGGCUUGCUUUACAGCAAUGAAGAGAUGGAAAGUAUAUUAUCAAUUUGUGCUAGAUUCGGGGCAAGGGUUAUAAUUGAUACUUCAUUCUCAGGGGUGGAAAUCGACUCUAAGGGCCAGGAUGGCUGGAGUUUGGAGGGCACUUUAGCAAAAGUGACCUCUUCUGCCAACUCAUCUUUCUGUGUGUCACUGCUUGGAGGAUUAUUUUUGAGGAUGCUUACCGGAGGGCUUACAUUUGGAUUUCUGGUUUUAAACCAGCCUUCUUUGGCUGAUACAAUCGAUAGCUUUUCAGGAUUAAGUAAACCUCACAGCACUGUCAAAUACACUGUAAAGAAGUUACUGGAUCUCAGAGCCCAGAAAGCGGGAGACCUAUUGAAUUCUGUUGCAGAACACGAAAAACUUUUGGCAAAUAGAUCUCAACGCUUGAGGGAGACCCUUAAAAAUUGUGGAUGGGAGGUGCUCAGUGCUCGUGUUGGUGUUUCCAUGGUAGCAAAGCCAUCUGCCUAUCUCGGCAAGACCAUCAAGAUCAAUGAAAAUGCCACUGCUUGGGAAGCCAAGAUUGAUGACUCCAACAUCAGGGAAGCUAUGCUCAAGGCCACUGGCUUAUGCAUCAACAGUGCUUCGUGGACCGGAAUUCCUAGUUACUGCCGCUUCACAAUUGCCUUGGAAGACGGUGAUUUUGAGCGUGCACUCGAUUGCAUUGUCAAAUUCAAAAAAAUUGCCGGUAUUUGAAAUGCUUUAUUCUCAUCAACCCUUAUCCGAUUCACACGCACAAGUCAGUGUUCAUCGAGGGCCUUGUUCUUUCUUUUUUGUUUGUGUUCUUGUUAUGCAAAGGUGUCUAACAGAUGCCAUCUUGUCGCUUGGUUGCAACUUUAAGGAUUUUUUGGUAAAUCUCAUCAACCCAUAU